AUGGCAAGGCUGCGGAAGAAAGCUUGCAUAGCACUAUUUCUGUUCACGAUAUUCGUCUUCGGGACCAUGAUGGGCUUGAGAACACUGAAGCCCAGCGACGGCUUCUCGGAUCUGGCUCCGGGGCUGGAGCUCCUGCCGAUGAUAGGGGGGAAGAUGGACCGGCGCUCGGUGUCCCAAGACACCGCUACCCCGGGUCAAGACCGCCCAGCUGGCAGCAAUCCCAAAGUAGUUGUAUCUAACUCUGGCCCCGAAGGAACAAUAUUUUACGAUGUCCAUAUCUUUUAUUAUGUCUGGUACGGGACUCCACAUAUGGACGGCAAAUACAUGCACUGGGACCACGUCCUGGUCCCACACUGGGACCCUAAAAUCGCCGCCAGCUACCCAAGAGGGAGGCACAUCCCGCCGGAGGACAUCGGGUCCAGUUUCUACCCCGAACUUAAUCCGUACAGUUCGAGGGAUCCGGACGUGUUGGAGUCCCACAUGGAGCAGAUCGGAGCAUCUGCAGCAGGGGUCCUGGUGCUGUCCUGGUAUCCUCCGGGCCUGGCUGAUGACAAUGGGGAACCCACUGAGGACUUGGUACCAGCUGUACUAGAUGCUGCAUAUAGACACAACCUCAAGGUCGCAUUUCACAUCCAGCCGUACAGAGGACGAAAUGACCAGACCAUCCAUGACAACAUCAAGUAUAUCAUUGACAGGUAUGCUGACCAUGGAGCCUUCUACAAGUUCACCUCCAGCACAGGGAAGAGCCUUCCUAUGUUUUAUGUCUACGACGCCUACUUGACUCCUCCAGAGUCCUGGGCUGAACUCCUGACUCCCACCGGCUCCCACAGCCUGCGAGGCUCGGCCUAUGACGCCGUCUUCAUCGCCCUGAUUGUGGAGGAGCGCCACAAGCAUGACAUCCUUGCGGGUGGCUUCGACGGCAUGUACACGUAUUUUGCCUCCAAUGGCUUCUCCUUUGGUUCCUCUCACCAGAACUGGAAGGCCAUCAAGGCCUUCUGUGAUGGCAACAAUCUCCUCUUCAUCCCCAGCGUCGGGCCUGGCUACAUCGAUACCAGCAUCCGACCAUGGAACAACCAUAAUACACGCAACCGUGUCAAUGGGCGCUAUUAUGAGACGGCCCUGCAGGCAGCACUGAAUGUGCGGCCAGAAAUUGUCACCAUCACGUCUUUCAAUGAAUGGCAUGAGGGGACACAAAUAGAGAGGGCGGUGCCCAAAAAGACUGUGACCCGUAUGUACUUGGACUACCAGCCGCAUGGGCCUGAACACUACCUGGAGCUGACCCGCCGCUGGGCCGAGCAGUUUAACAGAGAGAAGGAACAGUGGCUCAUGUGAGCUUUCAUCAAACUGAGCUGAAAUGGCGUGCUGUCGUGCAAUGUGUGAAAGAGAAAGAACAAGAGCAAACGGGGUGAAUGCAGAGGCUGAUGAAUAUAGAUGAGUGUGUGUGUGUAUGGACUUGCAUUAAUCUUUUACCAUGUGUCUGUUAGUGUGUGUAUUCGUGCACAUGUUUAUGUGCAAGGGUCCUCUUGAUUGAGCUCAGUUUUAGAGUAAAGUGGCAUUAUGGGGUUAGUCUGAGGAAUUCCCUUCUACUCCUGCUGACAGCCCAAACUGCUAAAAUGCAACGGAGUCCCUUGCCUCCAUAGCAUUUUAGAAAUUCUCCUCCUCCUCCUUCCCCAUCCUCCUCCUCCACACUUCAACCCUGUGCUCAGACCACGCCGUCAGCUUCACAAGCAUGGAAGUAUCAGUAACAUCUACAAUAUCAACCUUUUCUCAUUCCAUUCAGUGCAACUCAGUGGACAGUUUGUACUAAAUCCUCCAUAUCUGAGACACUACUGCCUGAUGUCGGCAUUAAAUGGCUCGGUCUCCCUUCCUGUCAUGAAGUAACAGAAGUGAUUAGUGUAGACUGGGUAGCACAGCAUUUCUAUGGAUUUGCUUUCAUUCACAACAGGGUCUCAGCAGGAAUGAGGUGCUAAAGCAUCAUGCUCACUGUUCCUGUACUCAUGAACUUGUGUGUUUUAAAGAGACUUUUCAUUGCUACUGUCAGGUGAAAAUCUCACAUCUCCGACAUGUCGACUUUUCAUGAAUGAAUGCUGUGUUGAUUUAAAAUCACAAUUCAACUCUGACUUGUGAGAAAACAAAAUGAAUAUCACCCAACUCAGUUAUAAGCUCUAAGUUCAGGAAUCAUUUCAGAACUCUUUUUUUCCUGAUUUCAUCUGAAGUGACAUUAGAGCACCCAGAAAUAUCAGAAAACAAAUCACUUUUCGUCACUGAAUCAAUUUAAGAGUAGUUAUUUACCACAAACACUGCUGCAAAACGCAAUGUUGUCACAGGCCGGAAAUUUACACAUAGGAAAUACCAGAUUCUGAGUUGACAUGUACACAGCAUAUGAGAGCCUUAAUUGAAAUUAUACAAUAUUGCAAGAGGGUUUCAUGACAUUUCGCCAACUUUUCUCAACCUAUUAAAAACAUGGCAGUAAUGGCAAGUGUGAUACAUUUACUACUGGCUGUUGAGCUUAGUAGAAACUUGAUGAACCUAAUUUCUCAGGCUUAGCAACUAAAAAAGUAUCUGAGCAGAAAAUAUACGUUCACUAAAACUACAGUGUUUCUGAGGAGUGUCUGGAAAGUGAACUAUCAUUCAACAUGUGUUUAAACAUGAGUUUCACGUAAUGACAGCAUCAUUUUCACUACAGAAAAAUAGCCACAGCAGAUGGGUGAUGCUGUGUCGCUCUGUGAAGAAGUCAUCAGUCACUCAGUUAAAAGGCAAUUCCAGGAAAAACUGGAGGUGAGAUUACUAUUCUACAAGAAAAGACAUUUUAGUAAAGCUUUCCCAAUAUCCCAAGAGAGUAAAAUGUCCAGGGUGGCACAUCUUUCCCUCAUUCACUUAGGUAAAAAGCAAACACAAUCUUGGGGCAGUUUGCAUUUCAUCUCAAAUUAUGACAUAACAGGCUCAUUGUUUCUUUAAAGAAAUGAUUAAACCGAUAUUUGUUUUGGGCUAUGUGAAAAACAGACUGAGUUUAUGAAUAAAACUGAACAGCUGAGUGA